UGCUUUGGGUAUUCUGGGUUUUACGGCGACGAUUUUUUUUUGGUGGGUUUUGAGUUGGGGUUGUAAGGUUUUGGUAGUUUGAAAUCUUUUUUGUUUUUUGCUUUGCGAGUCACUUUUAAAGAAGAGCCAUAUUAGGCAUUGUCACAAACUUAAGAGGUUUUGGUAAUUAGGGUUACAUGAUAUCAAGUUUGUGACUUUUAAGUUGGAGAAAGAGUGGGUUGAUCAUUCUUUAUAUUGUGAUUGAUGGUUCAGAUACUGGGCAGUUGAAUCUUGAAGUUAUAGUUUGACUUGUUAUCCAUUUUGGGAAUUUUGUGUUCAUUAUGAUGAAGCGGAAAUGGAAAAGAUGAUAGUUUUGUUCAAAACUGAAAUGCUAAAUUUACUUGGUAAACAUAGAUUCUAAAGGUAGAUCUUUUUGGGGGUGGCUUUGGUGCAUUAUGGGUUGCGUUUUUUGUGUACCCUCUGCCACUGAAGAUAGUAAGGAAAGUCCCAGAGAAAGGCUAUCAACCAAGGUUUCUUCAGACUUGCGGAUAUCAAGGGCAACUUCUUCAAGAAGGGAGGAGAUACAUAGGGUGAAAGAUCGCUAUGACAGCAAUGACGGAAGAGCCACGCUAAUUGAUAAGCAGGCAAACGGCGCCGUUGGGUUGCAUGGGCCAAAUUUUGAUAGGAAAAGGGAGAGAAUGGAGUAUGCCGCUCCACAAUAUCCAGGGAUGGGUACCAUUCCAAAAGCUACUGAGGGAGAGCAGGUUGCAGCAGGGUGGCCUUCUUGGCUGGCCGCGGUGGCUGGAGAAGCCAUAAGAGGUUGGUUACCCCGGCGUGCAGAUUCUUUUGAGAAGCUCGAUAAAAUUGGCCAGGGAACUUAUAGCAAUGUUUAUAGAGCUCGCGAUCUUGAUCAAAAGAAAAUUGUUGCAUUGAAGAAAGUAAGGUUUGACAACCUGGAGCCUGAAAGUGUUCGCUUUAUGGCUAGGGAGAUUAAUAUUUUGCGUCAGCUUGAUCAUCAGAAUGUAAUAAAACUGGAAGGUCUAGUUACUUCAAGGAUGUCUUGCAGCUUGUAUCUUGUCUUUGAGUAUAUGGAGCACGACUUGGCAGGGCUCGCGUCACAUCCUGGUCUGAAGUUUACAGAAUCUCAGGUGAAGUGUUACAUGCAGCAGCUUUUGCGAGGACUUGAUCAUUGUCAUACCCGAGGUGUUCUGCAUCGUGACAUAAAGGGGUCUAACCUUUUAAUUGAGAACAAUGGUGUUCUGAAAAUUGCAGACUUUGGUCUUGCAAGUUUUUAUGAUCCCAUUCAAAGUCAGCCACUGACAAGCCGCGUUGUAACUCUGUGGUAUCGUCCGCCAGAGCUUCUAUUGGGUGCCACAUAUUAUGGAACUGCUGUGGAUCUAUGGAGUACCGGUUGCAUACUCGCUGAAUUAUACGCUGGCAAACCUAUCAUGCCUGGAAGAACUGAGGUGGAGCAAUUACAUAAAAUCUUCAAGCUUUGUGGCUCACCUUCCGAGGAAUAUUGGAAAAAGUCAAAGUUGCCUCAUGCAACUAUCUUUAAGCCUCAACAGUCUUAUAGACGCUGUGUUGCCGACACUUUUAAGGAUUUUCCUGUGCCUGCUUUAAGGCUUAUGGAGACCUUACUCUCCAUUGAUCCCGCAGACCGUGGAUCUGCAGCCUCUGCUCUUGAGAGCGAGUUCUUCACAACCAAACCCCUUCCUUGUGAUCCUUCAAGCUUGCCAAAGUAUCCUCCCAGCAAAGAGUUUGAUGCAAAAAUGCGAGACGAAGAAGCUAGACGACAAGGAGUGGCAGGAAGCAAGGGCCCGAGGGAUCUUGAGAGGAGCAGAACGAGAGAGUCUCGGGCAAUCCCAGUUCCUGAUGCCAAUGCUGAAUUACUAGUAUCAAUGCAGAAAAGACAAGGGCAAUCUAAUUCCAAGAGCCGAAGUGAGAAGUUUAAUCCUCAUCCAGAGGAAGUUGCUGCUGGCUUCCCUAUGGAACCACCUAGACCAUCACAAGCUGUAGAGUCAAAUGCAGAUUCCCAGGGGCAUCAACAUAAGAGAGCCCAUUCUGGGCCAUUGUCUCAGCGGGCUGCAUGGGCAAAAGCUGGGAAAAAUCCAGAUGAUGCUCCAAAGAUUUCAAGUGGGUCAGACUUGUCAGCCAUGUCAAAUUUCAUGGCAGCAAGGAGGAGUUUAUUGUCUGAAGAUCGCAAAGAAAGGUCUGGCCCAUCUCAAUCAGAAGUUCCAAUACUAAUGUCAAGGUUUCCAGGAUCCUUUAAGGAGGCUUCUGAAUCCUUCAUCCAACAGGAUCAAAAGCAUCAUGUGCCAAGUUUUGCAGGUUCUCAUCAAAAGGAAGAUGGAAGAAUUAGCAACAAAGAUCCAAUCCUUCUUGGUUAUGGGUCAAAGGUCCCCAAGAUUCACUACUCUGGCCCGUUGAUGGUUCCAUCUGGGAACAUGGAUCAGAUACUAAAGGACCACGACCGUCAGAUCCAAGAAGCUGUUAGACGAGCACGACAUGACAAGGCAAGGGUUAGAAAAGUUCAGGUUGAAGCAAACCUGUCAACCAAUUCAUUAUUUGUUUCUGGUCGAUAACCCGGAUCAAGUAUAAACUGAAAUGAGGAGAAGCGUUGCUAGUAGGUUUUAAAUAAAUCAGAUGGUGGUUUAUCUCAUGAAAUAUGAGUUAAAAUUAUUAGAUGGGUCAUUUUGUACAGGCUUUGUUGCCAGAAAGUCGUCUGGUGGCCAUUUUUAGCAAGUUCAUAGUUCACCAGGCUUCCCCCCCCCCCCCCCCCCCCCCCCCUUCUCUGCACAGGGUUUAGUCUUGUAGAGAUUAUUUAUUGGUUGCUAUGGUAGAAUAUUUUGAAAGUCUGGCAAAUUGCUUUAUCUGUUCUGAAGGUAUCAUGUGCGACGUUCUCGAGUUGGGCUGUUCUGGUGAUGGUUUAUUAUAGCUUGUUUCUGAUAGAUUAUGAAAAGCAAUCAAGGUCUUGCUGCUGGCUGCGAUUGUCUGAGUGGAAAAAAGAAUUGCUUUGCGAUGCAAAUAUGUCGUCGCCUGCAAAAUUGCCAUUUGACACUGAAUUAGGCCAGUCUUCUUUUUUCAUG